UAGCAUUUGCUUGUUUCAAAACCAAAAUGGCUGAACCGAGCGUGGAAGAAUUAAAGAAAGCAAUAAAACGCAUCCUUAGCGGAGCAGACUUGGAUAGUCUGUCUGCUAAAAAGGUCAGAAAAUCUUUAGAGGAAGAGUUUGAAACAGAUUUCUCAAGCAGAAAAAAAGAGAUAGAUAAAUUAGUAAUGAAAAUGAUAGAAGAAGAUGAUAAUGAAGAAGAUGAAAAGGAUGAACCAAAGAAAAAAAAUUCAGAUGAUGAAGAUGAUGAUGAAAAUGGGGUUGAAAGUGAUGCCAACUCAGAAGAUGAAGUUCCAAAAAAGAAAGCCAAGAAGUCAGCACCCACCACAUCCAGUGCCAAACAAAAGAAAAGGAAAUCAGCAACAAAGGCAGAUGACAGUGAGGACCCAGUUAUGUCAAGUAUUAAACAGAUGGACGAUGAAGAUCUUGCCAAAAAACUUCAAGAAGAAGAAACAGGCCUGAGAAGAAGGAGAGCUGCAGCUCCAAAACCAAGAAAAGAGAGGGAAAAAGACCCAGACAAGAAGAAGAAACCAUCGCUCUACAGUCGCCCAUGCCAUUUGUCUGAUCAGUUAGCUGCUGUUGUGGGAAAAAAUGAGAUGCCAAGGCCGGACGUUGUGAAGACUUUGUGGUCUAUAGUGAAGGAGAGGAAUCUUCAGGAUCCUAGUAACAAGCAAUUUAUGUUGUGUGACGAACAGAUGGAAAAUCUGUUUGGGUCAAAGAGAAUAAAGCUGUUUGCAAUGAUGAAGUAUUUAAAGAAACAUAUAACUGAUAUUCCUCGUUAAAGUUUUGUCAACUUGAUGUUUUUAAAUGUUUGAUUAGAAACACCAUGUAUACAUUGCACAGAUUAACUAGCAGUUGUAAAAAAACAUAGAGAUUGUUUAUAAGAAUAUACAUUUUUGCUAUCAAAACAUUGUUGAGUAAAUGGUUUUUGUUCAGUGAAAGCAUUUAUUAAACUGUUUUUAUUAAUAGACCCAAUAUCUGUGAGGAUUUAAUAUUUCCUGAGGAAAAGCCAGAAUAAUUUGUAGAUUGGAUAAGAAAAGAUGGGACUGUUGUCAUGAAUGGGUUAUUGUAGCCUAAAUUUCAUGCCAAUGGUGUAAUUGUAUAUAUUUUAUGUAAGUACUAAAUGCUUAGAUAUUUGUUUAGCCAUUGUUUUUUAUUUGACACAUUUGUAAAAAAAAUCAUCAAAAUCAUUUAAUAGUUUAUGGGUCAUAAUUUUUGGUAAAGUUGAAAAUUUCUUCUCAUUAGAGUACAGUAAAAAAACACCACUGAAUCUGUUGGUACUGUAAUAUUUUUUUAGUUAAAUGCCAGAGAUCUGAAGUAUCAGAGCCAGAUAAUUGCAGGCAGGCCAUUGAAGCAUGUUGCAAGUGCCUCUCAUUGCAGCAGAUUGUUGCAUUAUCAUUCUAAGCUUGCCAUCUGCAGUUAUUAUAUCUGAAAUAUAAUACAUACCUUGGUAAAUGUUGUCCCAAUUCAAUUGUUUUAUUUGUAAAAAAAUAUCUUUGUACUAAGGAAUGACAGUUAGAUUUGCACUUUAUAUUUACUAUAGUAGUAUGUUGAAUAUUUAUUUUAAAAACACUGUAGUGCUUGCACAAGUUAUGUCCCUUGUAAUAUUAUAAUUAAAAAUGUUAACAGAAAAAGGGAAGAAAAAUUUGUAAGUGAUUUCCUUACUAAAUUUUAUUUUGAACUAAGACUUAUGUAUUGUAUGUAAAUGGCUUCAAAGAUUUAUUACAUAUCUGUUUUUUGUAAUGUUAUUUGUUUUGUGUAGCUUGUGUUCAAAUUUAAAGUGAAAUCAUUUAGAUUUAUGUUUGAUGGGCCCUGUCGGUCAGACUGGUCUUGUUGGAUGGGCCCUGUUGGUCAGACUGGUCUUGUUGGAUGGGCCCUGUUGGUCAGACUGGUCUUGUUGGAUGGGCCCUGUUGGUCAGACUGGUGAUGUUGGAUGGGCCCUGUCAGACUGGUGAUGUUGGAUGGGCCCUGUUGGUCAGACUGGUGAUGUUGGAUGGGCCCUGUUGGUCAGACUGGUGAUGUUGGAUGGGCCCUGUUUAUCAGACUGGUCUUGUUGGAUGGGCCCUGUUGGUCAGACUGGUGAUGUUGGAUGGGCCCUGUUUAUCAGACUGGUCUUGUUGGAUGGGCCCUGUUGGUCAGACUGGUGAUUUUGGAUGGGCCCUGUUGGUCAGACUGGUGAUGUUGGAUGGGCCCUGUCAGACUGGUGAUGUUGGAUGGGCCCUGUCGGACAGACUGGUGAUGUUGGAUGGGCCCUGUUGGUCAGACUGGUGAUGUUGGAUGGGCCCUGUCAGACAGACUUGUUGUUGCUCUGUUUUUCUUGGUAACUAAACAUUUAUUUGGCAACACAUAUUUUAUUGGUACUUUCAUAUUGUAACGUAUUUAAUAUAUUCAACUGCAAAAUUCUUUUUGACCACAACAUGAAGAAGUUGGUUGUCAUUGUUUUCAUUUGCUAUUACACAAAAAAUUAAAAUAAAUUGCUUUUGGUAAUUUUUUUAAAUGUUUGUCAAUUAAAAUAUUUUCUGUAAAAAUU